CCCAACCGCGCCCAACGGACAUACAGGGCUCGACACUGCUGAGGGCGCCAUGUCUGAGACGCCGAGGUCAAGCUACCUGGAAUGCGGAGAGGAGAAGAAAAGCUCGUUGAGCAAGAGCUGGGAUGCAGAAAGCCGCUUCCGGCUGCAGGAGAAUGCACUCAGCUUGCCCACGAGCGACGACGACACCGCCCUGUUCAGAGUCAAAGUCGAGCUGGGGCUCCACGAGCUCACGGCCGCUCUUACUAGCCUUAGCCGUCGAAUUGACAAGCUGGAGGAAAACACAGCCCCUCCCGAAACGGAAAAGCAGGAUGAGGCAGUGAAGGAACUCACUCGCAGCGCCCGAUGCCUCUCCCAGGCCCUGCCAGGUAUCGCGUCAGCACGGACGAGGCGGCGCGCUCUACACGGUUAUUUCCGCGAGAGUGACGAGAAGAGGGGCGGCUAUGGGGACAGGAUUGACCCCGCUGCCAGGGCCCUCGUCAUCGAAGGCCUGGCGUGCCUUGCGGGCAAGGUCAGGGUGGAAACGGCUCGGGGUAACAAGGCCAACGGUAGGGGGACGUGGUCGAGCACAAUCAGAGCUACCCGUGGGUUGAGCCCUUCGCCCCGUCGCCGAACACAGUCGACUCACUCUUCGGUGGGAGAGACAGGCGUGGCAUCGGAGGAGGGAAAAAUGCUUCAAGGAGUGAUUUCUCGCGAUGGUGGCGACGGAGACACGCGAAUGUUAGCACCCGCUUCGGAGCCAGACUUUUCUUCGCUGAGAACUUUGUCGCUACCGAGAGUGUUGACGCCGGAAGGCGAGUUUCCCGCCGGCAGGCUCGAGGUUGAGCAUCUCCGCGGCAGUCUCGAGCCUUCUCUCCCGUCAUCGCCGAUUACCUUGACCGGUUCGACUAACGACAACAUGUUCCCGCCUGCCCCUACGCCCGAGAAGACCAAGGACAGAAACCUGAGAGCAGAGUCGAAAGUAGGGCGGUGGGCAGAGAGUGCGAGGCUUACAGAACCUAAUGAGGGGAAGCCCCGAAACAAGGCCAACCCAAGCGCUAGCGGUGGCAGCAACGGUGGUGCGGGUGACGGCAGCAGCAACAGCUGGAGCAGCAGCAGUGCCGAUCAGGACGAUUCAAACUCUAGAGCGAUAAACGGGACCAGCGCCAACAACAGUGCGCUUGGAGCGACGAGCGAUUCUGUUGUGGAGAACGGUCGGCCUACAGAAGGCGAAAGGUGCAAUGAUGCUAGUGUGGCUCGUGUGGGUGCUUCGGAAAGAACCGCCGAUAAUGGUGACGAUCGCAACAAAUAUGCGACACAGCUCAUGAACACGACCAAUGCUGCUACUGGAGGUAGCAGAGGCACGCCUGGUGAAGCUGGCAGCGCUUCAGACAGAGACGUGAUGGUCAGGAUGCUGCUGAACGCCGCUGGAGCAGCAGCUGAAGCGGAAGAGCGAGCUGGAGGCCCAGGCACACAAGGAGAUGGGCAAGGCUUCACCAGGAGGGGUCUUCGCAGCUGGUUUGAUAGUGACGGUGGUGGCUGCAGAAGUGGUGGUGGCAUCCAGGUUCGGCAAGAAGACCUGGACGACUUCCGACGGGAGGUAGACGUGGUGCGUGCCCUAAGCAGCCAUUUGCGCGGCUCAGCAUCGUCCACGUCUUCUUCUCCUUCUGCGUCGUCUCCUUCGUGGCGUGCUGCCACUGGUUCGGUCAAUGUUGUCACAGCUGCUGCUCCGGCGGCGGUGGUGCAACAAGCCAAAGCCAGCGAAGUACCCAAGGACAAGAGCGGCGGACGCGUCUCGCCCGAAGGGGUUUCGCUGGAUGCGUUGGAGAAUUCGCGACCGCGGAGCCAGCGAUCUUUGUUGGAUGAGGAAGGCGGGAAGAAAACGCCUUUGCUGGACGGCGGAAGGCGCUCGUCGUUCAGUUGCCAGCACAAAGUUUCGCUAGAACGGGAUGGCGGAGCGCGGCUCGUGGAUGCCCAGGGGUUCGUGGACUUGGGGGCUGCUAGUACGUGCAGGGAGGACUCGGCGCGGCUCGCGGAGUUGGAGGGGAAACAACCAGAGGGUCCUUACCCCGAGAUCUCCGAUACCGGCGUGGCAGAGCUUGAGGCAAAGUUGGAGGAGCUCCGUAAGAUCGGAGACAGGAUCAAGGAUGAGGCGGCGGCUUCGAUGGAACCGAGUGUGACGAUUCCGACCCAAGAUUUUAGUGAGUCGGGCUCGCCUUUUCCGCCAUCUCGGCACCCGCACCACCAUCAACACACGAAUCGCAGCGCGCGAACUCGCGGGAGCAAACCGGUCGGCGCUGCUGCGGGUUCUGCCUUCACGUCGACGGAAUCGUCUCCGUGUCGUCCAACGGUAGACCUGUUGUCGUCUGCGGUGCAACCCCCGAGACCGGGGGACCACCAGGGAACGGAGCCGGCCCUGUCGAAACUGCUGGCGCCGCCGUUCAACAAUGCAGCGCUGCGGGGAGAAUUUAUCGCAUCUCUGGAACAGCACCUCGCUCAGUAUGAAGAUGGUUCGAAGCACACAGUUAAAUACGACGCUGCGGGGAAAGCCGUUGGUGACGGGCAUGCCGAGGUCAACGAUAUGGUAGCGGCUUGCGACGGCGACGGAGACCAAGACUCCCGCAACGGUAGCCGUCGCAGGAGCGACGGCACUAGCACCUCAGUCCUAGGAACGAUAACAACCGUGAGGGAGAUUCCUGCGUCAAGUGUGGCCUCUGAGGCCAGAUCGAAACAACUGGUUCGGGCUCCGCCGAAAGAAGCCGAGGAGGCUGAAAGGGUUACCCCAAACGCUACAGGUACGCCAAGCGGUGUGUCAAGGGAAGACACGGAUGGUCUCGUGGAGGGAGAGGGACAUCACGAAAAGACGCCGAUCGAGGAAUCUACUGCUGGGAUGGAAGCGAAGACGUCAAUAAACUGGGCUCAGGAGUAUCAUGACUACCUGUGCAACAAAGAUCCAUGAAGAUCCUAUCCAGUUGUAUGCGUGUGUGUGGAUUUGGUUCAAUGGAUGGGCGUGUAAGUCUCGGGAGAAGGUGUUGUGUGCAAGAGGCUUGGAGCUGAUGAACGUGGAGUACUUCCCAUAAUGAUAUUUCCAUGUAGCACAGCCUCGUGGAAGUGUGUGUAGAGAGAAAAGAUUCGAUGUCUCUGUCUACAGAUCGUGCGUACGACAGGAGAAAAAGCGUGAUGCGAAUCACGUCUGAUGUUUCGUUAGCCUUCCAGUCGGUCACAAACAGAAGUCAGAGCACAGCGUAUGUAUCCGCACGUGAUGAGUAUCAAAGCAGCUUAGACUGGUCGUGGCAAUCAACCUCCGUGAGGUAACUGCGCCCGCAAACCUCACGCACGAGGACGACGAAGAGAUCCCAGAGGUUACAAUGCGCGUUUAAUUAUUUGGUCGUAGAGAGUGGUAGGAAAAACGAAAAACGGAGUCAGAGAGAGG